UAUCGCAAUACAUUCGAGACCAUGAGAGAAUGCAUCGCCGAGGAAUGAAUUUGUUGAAAUCGUAGCAGCCGCGACUGCAAAAUAAAAAAAAUAAACAAAAAAUAAACAAAAUAAAUAAGACGUGAAUGGUGUGCUAACGUAGGCGAAAUGGACUACUCCAACUGAUUGGCAAAAAAUUCGAUAAAAUCAAACCAAUUCUUCCUGAAGUUUCUGAAACAAAUCCGAAAUUCUGUAUUGAUAGAUGUAAAUCGACGGGUCCAUAAUUCUGAUCUCAUUCACUUUGAACAAGAAAAACAUUUCCCUUUUUUAAAGCAACAACUUUUUUUAUUAUUUAAAAUUACCUUAGAAGCCUGGAAGAUUGCAAACUGAUACCAUGGAACUAUGUAAUUGGUGGAACUUCUCAGAAUAAAGAUUCACAUAUAGACACCACGUGGAUAAUAAAUUCUGAAUCACUCCGCAGAUUUAAGAGUUUCCAUUAAAGUGUCAGGAUGAAAUGUAAUUUUGGCCCUGCGAGAUCAGACAUAAUAUUUCCUUGAAUUCAGCCGAGGCAACAUCUGGCAAACAGAACCGACGAGAUUUCUGAUAAAGCAUCAUCUUGGAGUAAUUCUUCAAACCAUCACAAUAACCGGGAACCAUUUGACAUUUUUUCGCGCGGAAAAUUUGGGAAUUGGCCAGCUACCAGAUGAACGUGUGCACUCCAAUGGAAUUCCGCAAGCAACUUGAAAGCAAAAAUAAAUAUACUCCUCCAAGUGAAAGAAAAGCAACCACCCUUUGUCACGAGUCAUGAACGAAAAAGAACUCUUCCAACCAUAAAAGUGAUAGCGGAAGUUAUGCAGUGAAAGUUACUAACACCACGUUUUACUAAAAUGUAUACAAUCUGUGAUCUUGUGUUUUAAAAGUAUUGAAAAUGACGUUCUAAAUUUAAGGAUUCGUUUACGGUUAAAGAAGGUUUUUUCUACGAUUAGUAUCUUCAACAGUGAGAAGAUAACUUAGAAGAUGUUUAAAUGACAGUCUACUCUUAAGUAUUUAAGUCAAAUAGCAUUGAGAGAGUAAGAUGUCUUAUUGCAGGAUUACGGGGAGGAGUAGGGGCCUCCCCAAGCCUAACUACUUUCCGCUUCUGCCACCAAUCAGCCCUGCAGAUGCCAAACGUUUUUGUCGCAUUACCGGUAAAUCCUAUGGUUUACCGACUCACCAUUACAUUCCCGUUCUCUUAGGCGUCCACACACAUGACAAUACAAAAUGUAAAAUCACCACUUCCUCUGGAUUGGGUCCGCACCACUACACCGCAGGUUUGAUUCUCAGCGAGAAGAAGAAACAUGUUGUGAUGAAAGAUUAUCGAUACAUUUUUCCAGUGUUGGAAGGAGAAGGCGAGCAACAAAAAGCUCUGAGAGAAUUGCUCAAUUCAAAACAAACAUCUCCUGAAGAGGAAAAGUGUAAUUUCGUCUACACUGUUGAGGAAAGAAGAUGCAGUCUUGUUUUUCCUGCACGCCUGGAAGCUGCAGUUAGAGACGGUGACGUUAGAGAUGUGAUGCUUUCAAGGGAUUGCGAUACAGUGUUCUUAAGACUGAAACAGGGUAAAAAUGUGUCUGUCGAUUUCAAGGAUUUUAAGGACUUGGAAGAUUUGUAUAAUGGGUUUGGUCCCAGAGAAGAUGUUGUUAAGGAAAGGCAGAGACUGGAAACGGAGGCAAAAAAGAAGAAAAGGAAGCGGCAAGCUGGUUUGAAUUACGCAAAGAAGAUAUUUGAAGAAAAGGAGAAAGCUGCCGAGGAAGAGGAACUGAAGACAGCGAAGCAGCUGAAGUUAAGAAGUAUCAAGGAAGAGAGGGAUGAGAAAUUAGUAGACUGGAAGCAUGUAGAUAUUGGUCAUGCGAGGUCUAGAGGAAGUUUAGUGAUGUCUUCUGGCGAGUGGAGGGAUUUAAUAAAACCCUUGGAUCAGUCUUGUGAUUGGACUACUUUUGGCAAGGAUGGUAUAGUGGCUAAAGGUCUUCCAGUUGUGAAUAAAAUGCCGGAACCUGUGAAAGUUACACCUGAACUGAUUGAUUUGACACAAACUAAAUUAGGUUCGAUAAGCAUACCAAUUGCUGAAAAAACCGGCGGAUUUGAGGCAAUUUCGGUUGUUCAGCCCUUUGCACCUUUAACAGUGGAACCGGAUGCUGAGGUCCAGAUAGCCUUGAAGAACAUUCCAUCGCAGGAUCUUGAAGCGACAAAGAAUGUUGAUGCUAAAUUUGUAGCAGCUGGCCAAGAAGCUCUAGAAAUUUUUCCCACGGUGGAAGAAAUCCCUACGUUGGUGCAGAACGUUGUUAAAGGAGAAAAUGCAGAAGUGCACAAAGUGAGAGGCUUAAAAUUAGACAUUAAUUCAGCCAAGAGGUUCAUCGCUGGACAGACGAUUCAAACACCAACGGGUCCAAUAUUCGUACCUGGGCAGACUUUGCAGACACCAAGGGGUAAUACUUUUGUCCCUGGGUUCACAGUUCAGACACCAGAUGGGCCGAUACUAAUUCCUGGUCAGAUUGUGAAUAUUUCUGAAGAAGGUGGAAAGAGUACAUCGGUUUUCGUAGCCGGACAGACCUUAGCUACUAAAGAUGGAGAAGCGUUUAUACAAGGCCAGACGAUUCAUGCCAAUGAUGGGGCCAAAUUUGUGCCGGGUCAAACUGUUUUGACAAAGGAAGGUCCAAAGUUCGUGGCAGGUCAAGUCACAGGUGAUGGUAACUUCGUACCUGGACAAUCUAUCCUGACACCGGAUGGUACUAAGUUCAUGCCAGGUCAAACUGUCACAGAUAAAAAUGGGGAUCAGCUCUUUGUUCCUGGACAAAGUGUUCAGAUCCGAGAUUCCUGGGAGUUUGUUCCUGGACAGUGUCUGUUGACAUUAACUGGAGAUUCACAAUUUGUUCCAGGUCAAACGAUGCUAACAACUGAAGAAGCUCGUUUUGUGCCUGGUCAAAAUGUCAUUAAGGAAUCAGGUGACGCUUGCUUCGUCCCUGGAAUCACGGUAGAAUCAGAGCGAGGAUUGAAAUUCGUACCCGGUACAACAAUGAACACACCUCAAGGUAUGAAAUUCGUUGAAGGACAAAUAGUAAAAACACCUGACGGAGAAAGGUUCGUACCUGGAUUGACGACAAUUACUAAGGAAGGUUUCCAGUUUGCAGCAGCCAGAAACAUCAACGAAGUCAUCUACCUGGAACCUACUUCAGUGGGAAUAGCAAUCGAUCCCAAAACUGCCAGUGCAAUGUCCCGUUUCCAACAACAAGAGAGUUUUGGUCACAUGGUCCAGACAGACAAAGGAGUAGAGUUCAUCCCAGAAAGUGUCAAAAAGUUUCCAGAAGGGAAAAGGAUAGUGCCAGGUCAGUUGGUUCGAGGUGGAAAAGACGGACCUCGAUUUGUUCCUGGAGUGAUGACUGAGGAAGGAUUUCUCCCGGGUCAGAUAGUGAUGACAGAGAAAGGUGAGCAAUUCGUUCCUGGCCAAGUAGUUGAUACGAGCAGUGGACCUAAAUUCGUACCAGGUCAGAUGGUGGAGACCCGAACCGGAACAAAGUUUGUUCCGGGCCAAACAGUAGAAACGGCAGACGGGCCAAGAUUCGUUCCAGGUCAGAUAGUUGAGACCAAGGCCGGACCAACAUUUAUUCCCGGCCAAGUUAUAUCCACAGAAGAUGAAGGUUCUAGGUUUGUCCCUGGUCAGGUGGUCGAUACGCUAGACGGUCCAAGAUUUGUACCAGGACGUGUGGUUGAAUCCAACGAAUUGGGAGUGAUUUUUGUACCUGGGCAAAUCGUUCAGACGGAGGAAGGUCCCAGAUUUGUUGCUCCAGAUUUGACAGACACGCCUGAAGGAGAAUUGGAAUUUUCGGUUCAAGGGUUUGAGGUGACUCCAGAGGAACUAGGUUUGCUGAGACCUCAACAUUUACACUUUAAUGCAUCCUCACAACAUCAUGGGGAAUCAAGUAUUGAUUCGAGGAUGUUGCAAGAGUUGUCUAAAGCUGGUAUGUCUGUGGGGAGAAAUGUUCAAACGGAUUUACCAAAUGUGGAUGUGGAUAUAGAUCCGAAAGCUGUUACUCUUGAACAGGCUCUUGUAAUCGCAGAGAAUCUGGGACUUAGAGGAAGCUCGGCUGUCAAAAUGGCACAGGUUGUGUCGACUGUUGCACAACUGGCCAAGAAUAUUGUUCAACAGCAAUGUCAGCAGAUUUUGCAAAAUCAAUUGAACGAGAAUAAUCAGAGUCAACAGAAGAAUCAAAGUCACACACAGAAAAAUGGAAUAGAAAAAGUUACAAAUGGAGGUUCAUCGGUUCCAGUGAAUGGUACCUCUGAAAAAGAAAGGAACGGUGAAGAUGAAUGGCUACACUUGGCUGUUAAAGCAGCAAUUUCAGCAGCAGUGGUAACUCUCACAAACGACAAAACGACAGACAAAGUAGAAAACGGACAGGACAUUGUUUUAUCUUCAAUCAGUGAGGCUUUCAACGUUCUUCUAAGACAACACUCUGUCAACUUUGAUCAUUCAGUCGACGAGGUACUCCGAAUUCUACUUAUUCCCCGAAACCGAAGUUGCUUGUGUAGUGGGGUUUUGGCUGACUUAGCAGAGUCCAACUACAGCAAAGUAGAUAUCCUGAAAUCCACCUUGACCAACUCAUCGAUAAAGGAUGAAAUGGUCCUCGAAAAACUCUCACAAGUUCUAGAAGAAGAGCAUGGCAGUGACUUGGUUGGCUCUGCCUUUAGAACUGUAUCAAAAGGAGAUCCAGGAUUAAUUUCUCGUGUCCUGAAGAAUGUUUCUCGAGAUGUUGCUGGAGUGGAAACAGAAAAGGAAGCAGCUGAGACGGUUCAUAAAGCUAUAGUUCAAGCUGUUCGAGAAUCGAGUGAACUCCGAGUCAAGGAAUUAUUGAAUGAUGAGGGAACAAAAGUAAGAGAUAUGCUACUUCAAGCGGUUGGUUUGGCGAGAGCUUUAGGUAUGACGUCAACGGCCAGCAGCCUGUUGGCAGUGCUCAGUGAUGAAAAAUCGACUAGGGUUUUGGCUGGUGAUAAAUUUACUCUUGAUAUUUUAAAAAGGCUAACGGUGAUGAGAAAAUUAGCAGGAGAAAGGCCUCAAUUUGUAUCUGCUCUCGGAGAUCUUUGCAGUGAUCCAGAAUUAGCAAGAUCAGACCCUGUGUUGAGAACUUUGGUACGAGAAAGUGCAGCGCUGAUGAUAGUUCCUGAAGAAGGACCUCUUCAGUCAUCUAUAGAUGUUCCUACUUCACUCUUACAUGCUGAAAAUAGCCUCGCUAUUGAAGACUUUUUGAUGAGAAGAAGUCACAAAACUUCAUCGAUUUUCAUGAUUCUGAAGCAAGGCUUUCAGUGUGUUGUACCCAGGGAAGCUGCAAGAAGUGUCCUGACUGGAGAAGUUGCUUACACAGUUUUAGAUGAAGAUGGCAUUCAUCAUUUUGAACCUCUCAAUGUCUAUUCGGCUCUAAGGAUGAAAAAACCGGCUGCCCAUCGUUUUUCCAUGUACUGCUGUCCUGUUGCGAAGGAAGAGGAUUUCGAUAAUGAGAUGAUGUCUACGUUCAAUGGGCCAAUUCCCAUUACGACUACAAGUAGCUUCGACGAGUCGACGAUGGAGAAUUUGGAGAGGCUAGAUAGCAUCGGCGUUACUUUAUCCAGGUCUGAUAAAUUGAUUGGAUGCGUGGAUAGCCGAGAAAAUACACCCAGUUACCGGAGACUUUGUAGUCUUCAUCGUGAAAACAGUAGCGAAAGGAGAUCGGAAAAUUACGUGGUCGUGAAGGAGUUUGCCGAGGGCAGUUUUUCGGUGGACGUCGGCGAAAUCGUUGAGGCCGUCGAGCAUGGGGAUUCAAAGGUGUAUGUACGGACAACGAAGGGGAAAGAAGGAUGGCUCCCCACCUCCAUUGUUAUGCAAACGGCUCUCAGCGACGAAAGCUCAACUCUCACAACCUCCCAUCGACCAGAAGACUCUCACUAUCGAAGAGAGGCGGCUGUAAAGGAACUGGUCGAGACCGAAGAAGAAUUUGGAAGAGACCUCCAGCAAGUCGUGGAAAGAUACUUGAAACCUCUGGAUAAUCCAGGAGUGCCUCGAAUUGUUCGCGACAAUAAAGAAAUCAUCUUCUCAAAUCUUAAGCAAAUCGCCGAAUUUCACAAUACAUCUUUCGGCAGGGUCUUGAUUGAGGGUGUGAAAUACUAUGCGGAUCAACCACGGAUGCUCGGGAAAACUUUCCUCAGACUGGAAAGAGAUUUUGACAAACAUGUGGCCUACUGUAGAGAUGAGCCAGUCGCUCAAGAGUUUCUUCAAAUGAACGAGGAGGUUCGAGAAUAUUUCGAGGAUCUGAGCCAGACUCUUGGAGACGACAAAAGGUUAUUGGAACACCUGAAACUUCCGAUACAACGGAUAAACGACUACCAACUCCUCUUGAAGGAGUUGGUCAAGUAUUCGACCCGGCUAGGCGAAAAUUGCGACGACCUCCAGAACGCUCUGGAGUUGAUGCUAGGGAUCCCUCAUCGAGCAAUAGAUAACAAGUUUAUUAGCAAUAUCGAGGGAUAUAAAGGAAACAUACACAAACUUGGAAGAUUACUUACUCACGAAUGGUAUACUGUAAUCGAGAAGGACGGAAAAAGCAAGGAGAGAUAUUUAUUUUUGUUUAAAGCAAGAAUCUUGGUUUGCAAAGUCAGGCGUAUCUCUGAAGACAGAUCGGUUUUUGUACUCAAAGAUAUUAUUCGAUUGCCAGAAGUAGAAGUUAAGGACCACCCACAAGAACCAAGAUCAUUCGAAUUACAUCAGCCAGGAGCUGUAGGUUACCCCAUAACUCUCGUGGCCCAUAAGGAUUCAGUGAAAGAAGACUGGCUCAAUGAAAUCCGACAAUAUGCAAGUGAUGUUGUAGCUCUUGCAGAACAUGCAGCAGAUGAUCUACAAUUGACCGACGAACCAGAAAUAUCAACCAGUAAAGCUGAACCAAUCAACGUCCAACGACCAAAACCCGAGACUGCGAAACCUCCAGAUUCAAAAUUGCUCGAAAAAGGGAAGGAAGAAACUGCAACCAAGGAAUUAGAAUCCAAAAAAGUCAAGGUCGAGGAAGGCGAAGACAUGUCUCGAUACUCUUCGAGUCGUUACAGUGCCUCCUCCAAAGUUGUUGAAGAAUAUUCAUCAGUCUCCAGCAGUCAAAGUGGAGUCGCCACACAUGUGGAAUCAUCUUCACAAUUGUCAUCAAGUGGGAGAAGAACCUCUGGCUCUCUUUAUGGAUCAGAAAAAGUUUCUGAAAGUUCAAGUUCUCAUCAAACAGUGAUUGCUGGUUCAAAUGUCGGCUCUGACUCAAGAACUGCAAGGGUGGCAUUGUCAACAAACGAAUCUGGAAAACCAAUAUUUUCAAAAUCCAUCGAAGGAUAUGAAGCUCAACCGACGCAAGCAAAAAUGGCUUUGAUACACGUGAUAGCUGGAGAAAGUGCAACUUUCGAAUGCGUUCUCCAAUCAGCAUUCGCAUCAACAAAAAUGCAAUGGCUAAAGAAUAACAGACCUUUUGAAGACAAAUUGGCUGAUCGAGUAAAAAUCUCUCGAAAUGAUUCAAGCUUUAAACUUGAAAUUAAUAAUGUACUGGAAGCAGAUUCAGGAAUUUAUGUUGCUCGGGCUGUUGAUGGUGAGAGCAAGGCCUCUUGUACUGCCCAACUUAUUGUGACAGACUUGACACCCGAGGAGAGAAAAGCAAGAGCAGAUGGAAAUAAACCAUUCUUCCUGGUUAGUCUAAAGGACACUGAACUUUUGGAGAACACCUAUCUUCGAUUCAUGAUCAAGGUCACGGGAAAUCCUAAUCCCGAUUUAAAAUUCUACAAGGAUGGCGUUCUCAUCGACUCAAAAAACAAGCGUAUAAAAAUUGUAACAGAAAAAGCAGACAAAGGCUUUUACGAAUUGGUUAUUCCUGAUGUCCUCAAAGAAGAUGCUGGAAAAUAUUCAUGUACAGCUUCAAACAGUCAUGGAGAAACAACUUGCGAGGCUACAGUAACAGUAACAGAUGAGAAAGUGAUCUUUGCUGGUUUACCUGAGGGUCUUCUUGAACCUGGUGAAACGCCAAAAUUCAAGUGGAGUAGAGAUGGCGUUCCGUUCGACCCAGAAGAAAGAUUCAAAGUUUUGUUCAAGGAUGAAGAAGACACCCUAGCAUUGGUCUUCCAACAUGUUAAGCCGGAAGACGCCGGUUUGUACACCUGCGUUGCUCAAACGAGCACUGGAAAUAUUAGCUGCAGUGCUGAACUCACUGUCCAAGGAACAGUUCGACAAUUAUUGAAAGAACCAGCUAAACCGAUUUUGCAGUCCGAAUUCAGAUAUUCUGAAGCCAGCAUUGGAGGCUCUGCCAUGUUAGACCUUCAGGUAAAAGGCUUUCCAAAACCAGACAUUAAGUGGACAAAAGAUGGUAAGGAAAUAAUCGCCGGUGGAAGAAUAAAAUAUUUAUGGGAAGACGAAGAGUCAAUGUCUCUCGUGAUAAAGAACGUCACUGUUCAAGAUGCUGGUACCUAUGUGAUCAGAGCCAAAAACGAGCUCGGGGAAGACAACACCCAAAUCGAGUUGAUCGUAAAAUCAGCACCAAAGAUCACUAAAAAGAUGAAUGACCUUCUGGGUCAAGUUGAGGAAACUCUAAAUAUGACUGUACAAAUUCAAGCCUCGCCAGCUCCAGAUGUAAAAUGGUUCAAAGAUGGUCAACAGAUUGAAGAGUCUGAGAGAAUUUCUUUCAGAAAAGAGGAAAACGAUAUGUACACCUUGAUAAUCAAAGAUGCCAUAUUGGAUGAUUCUGGUUCUUACUCUGUCUCCGCAAAGAACGAAGUCAAUCAGACAUCUGAGUUCUGGAAUGUCUCAGUUAGAUAUCCACCCAAGAUUACCAGAAAACUUGUACAACCUCAGAUUAUUAAUGAAGGAGACAGUCUCACUCUUUUGAUAGAAGUUGAAGCUGAUCCCAAACCAACGGUUACGUGGAUUAGGAAUGAAGAGGUGCUGGUUUCUAGUGAGAGGGUGAAGAUAGUUGAGGAUGGAAAGAGACAUAUGCUGAAGAUCACUGGUGCCUGUUAUGUUGAUGCAGCUGAUUAUAAAGUUGAGGUUGUCAAUAAGGAUGGAAGAAGUGUUGACAGCACUAACAUCAAGGUGCGUUGUGCACCAGAAUUCAAGAUCGGCUUAGAAGACACAAUAGCUAAAGAAAAUGCAUUGGACCUACAGUUCACAGUAAAAGUAGAUAGCAUCGAAGAGCCAACAGUUCAAUGGCUCUACAAUAAAAUGACAAUAACAGAAGAGAAGGAAGAUUUCGAAUUACGUGAAGAUGGUGAUGUCUACAAACUUGUGCUCAAGCAAGUGAAGCCUGAGUUAUCUGGAAAAUAUACUUGUAAAAUUAAGAAUCAAUACGGAGAGAACAAGUGCGAAGCAAAGCUGACUGUUUACACGAAACCUAAGAUUAAUAAAAAACUUGUUGAUCAGAAAGUUAAUGAGGGGGAUACUCUCACUCUCAAAGUAGAAGUUUCAGGAACACCAGAACCAGAGAUUAUCUGGUUGAAAGAUGGAAAAACAGUUGAUGCUUCAGCUGAUGCUAGAAUUAAAAUCUCAAGAGAUACCAAACGAAGAGAAAGUUAUGAUUUGACUGUGACAAUUGUCAAAGGUUCUGAUGGUGGUACCUAUGAAAUGAGAGCUAAAAACGAAUUGGGACAGGUCAACUGCAAGAGCAAGGUCAUCGUUUUAACCAAAACGGAAGAAGUUGUCGAUAAGGCGAAAGAAACAGCUGAAGAGGUCGAAGCAAAGAAAAAUAAAGCUAAGGAAGAAGAUAUUUCAACAGAAAAACAAGAGGCGGAAGAAUCAGGGCCCGAAGGUCGAGUCACAGUGGAGAAACAGAAGGUCGAGGUAAUUCGAGGUGCAGGUGAUACGAUUACUAUCUCCGUAGCCUCCACAACAACUCAUGAGGCUAUUCUAACAGGUCCUGAUGAAAAACACUCAAUUCACAAGAUGACAUCAACCAAAGUUGAAUGUCAAGAGAUGCAUUCCGAAGGACCUCAUGUUGAAGAAAUUGCUUCCUAUAGUUACACAAUCCAUCAAGAAGAUGGGUCUAGAGCCCAGAAUGGUGUUGUAAUUGAAGAAUAUUCCGAAGGAGAAGACAAUCGAGCAAAACUCCAGGUCAAUCGAGGAGUUUCGAUUGUUUCUGUUUCGGAUGAUGAAUCAACCAUGAAGGCGAUUUCCAGAGACGUCAGUGCAGACGACAUCCAUGCGGAACUAAUCGAAGAUCAUAAAUUUUCAACGAAUGGAUCCUGCGACGAAGUCUACAAUCUUAACGGAAGAUUGUUCGAAGAACGAACUUACGAUGAUCAUAGAGCUCAAAGAGGAAUGCUCUUUUCUGAAACUAUAAUCGAAGAACGAUCUAUCGAUGAGUCUUUGUCUGAAAUUCCUGAAACACAAAAGAUUCGGGAAGAAGUCCGGGCGCAUGUAAUUGAAGAAAGCAGACUUUCACGGCGGACUUCUGUGAAAGUUGAACAGGAUGAUCGACGAGGUUCUAUGAAAAUUGAAGAUAUGCAAACUCCACAAACUCCAACUUUGGGAAAAGGAAAAUACUCAACGGAGAGUAGUGUUUCUAUCGAGGGCUCACUUUCGAGACAAAACUCUAUAAAAACAGAGAUAAUUGAAACUCCAGAGUCGCAGACUCCAGUUAUAAAAGAAAGUAUCAUCUCUAAAGAAAAAACUGUUAAAGUAAAGACACAAUACAGCAGAGAAAACUCUUCAAAAAUAGAGGAUAUUAAUGGUCAAGAACCACAGACUCCAAUUGUCGAAGAAAGUAAAUAUUCACGACAGAGUUCUGUUAAAGUAGAAAAUAAAAUAUCAAGAAAGAAUUCAUCAAAAAUUAGUGUAACAGAAAAAACUGACUCUCAAACUCCUCUUCUUGAAGAGAGCAAACUUUCCCGACAAUCUUCAAGACUCGAAAGAUUAAAUUCCACCGAAUCAAAAAAAUAUUCUAAGGAAUUAUCGAGAGAGAAUUCACAAAAGGGUGUAAGGAAUGAUGACGAAGAAGUCGAUGAAGAGAUGGAGAAAUUGUUCGAAAGAAUUAAACGUCAAAGAAGUGUACUUGACGAGAUUCUUGAUAAAAAUGGCGAAAAAGAUCAAACUGAAGAAAAUUCAGCAUCUCCACGAAUCGUCAACUCCAAUCUUCAAGAUAGGGAAAUUUUCGAAACCCAGAGCACCAGUUUUGAGAUUAAGGCACAAGCUUUGCCAAGACCAGAAGCUCAGUGGUUCAAGGAUGGAGAGCCGUUGAAGACCUCUGACAGGCUCAAGUACUCAAGCAUUGGAGAUACGUUCCAGAUGACGUUAAAAAAUGCCGAACUAGAAGAUGCUGGCUGCUACUCUUGUGUUUUCACAAAUAAAUUAGGAGUGAAAACUGAGGAAGGAGUUCUACUUGUCCUACCAGUUGAAGAUCUUCGAAAGCCUAGAUUUAUUCGACCUCUAGCUGAUGUGGAUGUUGCUCAAUAUAAAUCUGGCACUUUCAAGGCUGUCGCGACUGGAGAACCAAUUCCAACUGCAACAUGGUACCACUUGGGAGAAGAAAUUCCAGUUGAUGAUGAAAGAUUCGAAGCAAUAGUUCGCAGUGAACCAGCUGAAGAUGGACUCAAAGAAUGCACAUAUAUUCUCAAGAUACAGAAUUGCGAUGUUGAUGACGUUGGUCAAUACACUUUGAAACUUAAAAACAAGUACGGCAUAGGUGAAGCUAGUGCUGAUUUGGACCUUCUCAUACGUCCAAUAAUUGAAGAAUUCAAAGACAUCAAUCCUCCAGUUGGAGAACUGAUCCAGUGGGAAAUAAUAAUAAAAGCCAAUCCGAAACCAGACAUAUAUUGGGUAAGAAACGACAAAGAUUUGGGUGAAGAUGACCGUUUCGAUUUUGAGGAAGACCACAAAAAGAAGAGUUAUAAACUCGUCAUAAAAAAAGUCGAGAUGGAGGAUGCUGGACCUUAUAAAGUUGUUGCUAUAAAUGAAUUCGGAGAGUCCACAGCUAUAGCUGAUCUGAAACCCUACACUGAGGCACCUGCAUUCACCCAGGAACUGAAGAAAGAUACAGUUAGAGAUCAGAAUGACCACAGAGCUGAAAUUAGAGCGACUGGAUUCCCACGACCAGAGAUCCAAUGGCUAAAAGACGGUGUCGAAAUUCAGAAUGAUGAACGUCACACUAUCACAACUACUUUGGAAGGAAACGAAGUCAUUAGUGUUUAUGAUGUCAAACGUUUCUGUGAAAGCGAUGCUGCCACAAUUACAGUUAACGCUACCAACUUUGUUGGAACAAUCAGCUCAACAGCAGAGUUAGCCUUGACGAGAUUCCCUCCCAAGUUCUUCACUACUUUGCCUAACUCGCUGAACAUCGAUGAGGGCCAACCUCUUGAACUCUUAGCAAACGUUGAUGGAAGCCCAAUCCCUACUGUCAAGUGGUACAAAGAUGGAGAAGAGAUCAAACCUGAUGGUCAUAUCAAGAUAGAAACUCUACCUGAUGGAACUAUGAGACUCUCGAUUGAUAAUGUCGUUCCUACUGAUUGUGGAGCUUAUAAGGUUGUAGGUUCCAACUCUGGAGGUGAGAAAGUCUCUCUCUGUGCUGUGGCUGUAAAACCUAAAACAAGGAAGCCUUCCUUCUCGACGAACUUGGAAGAUGCUAAGGCCCUUGUUGGUCAACCACUGAAAUUGGAAGCACGAGUUGAUGCUUUCCCGAGUCCACAACUGCAGUGGCUUAAAAAUGGUUUCCCUAUCCGUCCCUCGAAGGAGAUAAACUUUGUGAACGAACCAAACGGAUUGAUCGGUCUCAGGAUCGAUAAGCUUCGACCAGAGGAUGCUGGCGUUUAUUCAUUGGUGGUAUCUAAUAACCUUGGCGAGAUCACUGGCACUGCAAACGUGGAAGUAGAAGAACUGGAGAAGAAACCAUCUUUUAUGGGAACUAUCCAACCAAUCACUGUCGUCGAAGGAUUCCCAGCGAAAAUGGAAGUCAAGACUCUCGGAAAACCAGUUCCGACAAUAAAAUGGACUCAUAAUGGACAAGAGAUUAAACCCGAUGGGAAACACGUGAAAAUAGUUGAUCAACCAGAUGGAAGUCAGGCUUUAAUAAUCGACGAGGCCAGACCUGAAGAUGCUGGAACCUACGAAGCAACCGCCACUAAUUCUCAAGGGGCAAUUUCUUGCAAAGGUGACCUAGAAGUAGCUGGAAAGACUGACAAUAGUUCUCCAGAAGAAAAACCAUCAUUUUUGAGACCAAUCAAAGACACUACAUCUGAAGAAGGUGAGCCGAUGACUUUCAGCGCACCAUUUACAGGAAACCCAAUUCCAGAAGUUACCUGGACCAAAGAUGGUCAGCCACUAAAACCAUCAGACAGAAUAAUGAUGACCUGUGAUGGAAGGAAAGUGGGGCUUGAAAUUAACCCAACUGAGCAUGGAGAUGCAGGUGUUUAUGCCUGUAAAUUAAAAAAUCCUCUCGGGGAAGACACUACUAAAGCUGAAGCUAAUGUUAGAAGGGUCUAUCAACCUCCUACAUUCGCCCAAAAGUUCUCAGACACGCAACAGAUGCCUGGUCUGGAUGCCAAGUUCCCUGUUCGAGUAUUUGGAGUUCCACAACCAGAGAUCACGUGGUACUUUAAUGACUCCCCGAUUUUGAGGGAUAGUAAUAAGUAUAAGAUCAGGAAAGAUGGAGAUGCGUGUUGUCUUUAUGUUAAAGAUUGUCAGUCUUAUGAUGCGGGAAGAUACAAGUGCAAGGCUGUUAACAGAGAAGGAGAGGCUGAAUGUGCAGCUAACUUCACCAUCGUUGAUAGAAUCGAGAAGAAACAGAAGAUGGAACCGCCAUCCUUCCUAAAGAGACUGGGAGACUGUGAAGUCUACAAAGGAAUGACAGCCAAAUUUACUGCCUGCGUAACAGGUAUUCCAGAACCAGAAUUCGAAUGGUUUCAUGAAGAUGGAAAACUCUGGCCCACUGAUCGUAUCUUAAUGGACCAGGAAGGUAGUCUCUUGAGACUUUCGCUCUAUCAUAUUGACGAGAGUGAUGCAGGAAAAUAUAGCUUGAGGAUAUUUAAUCCCCAUGGCGAAGAUACUUGUCAUGCUGAGAUGAUUUAUGAAUCUUUGGAACCACGUGCCAAGAAGCCACUAUCAGACCAGUACACUGACUAUGACAAGAAAAGAUCUGCACUACCACUGCCCUUAGCAGAUAGGCCUAUCAUCAGCCGCAUGAUGGACAGACAUCUAACCCUUUCCUGGAAACCUUCCAUCCCUAUCGCUCCCAGAGUCCCAGUCACCUACCUAGUAGAAAUGUGCGAAUUGCCAGACGGAGAUUGGUUUACCACACGAUCCGGAAUUAGAAGUUGCGUCUGCGACAUCCGCAACCUUGAACCAUUCCGCGAUUACAAAUUCCGCAUCCGAGUGGAGAACAAAUACGGAAUCAGCGAUCCUUCGCCAUAUGCUCAGACCUACAGAGCAAAACUGGAACCCGAUCCACCUAAGUUCUUCCCCUACUUACCACCUGAUAUCGACUUCAGACCUGAGACCAGUCCCUACUUCCCCAAAGAUUUUGAUAUUGAAAGACCUCCUCACGAUGGGUACGCCCAAGCCCCCAGGUUCCUCAGACAGGAGCACGAUACCCAGUACGGAGUUAAAAAUCAUAACUGCAAUCUCUUCUGGUUUGUUUAUGGUUACCCAAAACCAAAGAUGGCUUACUACUUUAACGAUGAGCUGAUUGAGUCUGGAGGCAGGUUCGAUCAGAGCUACACUCGAAAUGGACAGGCAACGCUCUUCAUCAAUAGAAUGUUGGAACGAGAUGUGGGUGUUUAUGAAGCUGUUGCUACUAAUGAACAUGGCCAGGCUAGACAGAGAGUCAGGUUGGAGAUUGCAGAGUAUCCUCAGUUCAUUCAGAGACCUGAUGAAACCGUGAUAAUGCUGAGGAAGAAUGGCAGAAUUGAAGCUAAAGUCAUUGGUGUGCCUUAUCCGGAACUAAAGUGGUACAAGGAUUGGAAGCCACUUGCUCCAUCUACGAGAAUCAAGAUUCAGUUCGUAGAACCAAACACAUCCAUCCUAGUAAUUGAAGAUGCAAUCCACAAGGAUGAAGGUCUUUACUCCUUGAGUGCAAGAAACGUAGCAGGUUGCAUUUCAAGUUCAGCAAUGGUUCAUAUAGAAGAAAAUGAGCACGAAUAUGGCUACAGAACCUACACAAGAAAACCAGAGAUAAAGCCUCGUGACAAACCAUUCACUGAUACUUAUGACAUUGGUGACGAGCUUGGCAGAGGAACUCAGGGUGUAACCUACCAUGCUGUGGAAAGACCCACUGGCAAGAACUUUGCUGCUAAGAUCAUGCACGGUCGUGGAGAACUUAGACCUUACAUGUACAACGAAAUGGAUGCGAUGAACAACCUGAGUCAUCGAAAACUGCUGCGGCUACAUGAUGCUUACGAAAAUGAUCAAUCAUUCACACUUGUCACAGAAUUGGCUGGUGGUGGUGAACUGGCUGACAACCUUACGAAGCAAGCGUACUAUACUGAAAAGGACAUCGCUGGAUAUAUCAGACAAGUUCUUUGGGGCUUGGAGUACAUGCACACCAAUGGCUAUGCUCACCUUGGUUUAACUCUUGGAGACCUUCUGAUAUCGCAUGCAGGAGGCGACGACUUGAAGAUAGGUGACUUUGGACUGACAAGAAGAAUUGGACAUCAGCUAAUGACUCUGAUGUACGGAAUGCCAGAGUAUGUUGCCCCAGAAGUUGUUAAUGGCGAGGGUGUUACAUACCGAACCGAUAUGUGGCCAGUCGGUAUCAUCACUUUCAUUCUUCUUUCCGGUAUAUCUCCCUUCCGAGGUAUAAACGACAGGGAAACUUUAACAAAGAUCAAGGAAGGAAAAUGGGACUUUGACGAUCGCUGGACUAAUAUUUCUGAUGACGGAAAGGAUUUCGUUCGUAGUCUGCUGGCGUAUCAGUGGGAGAGGAGACUUGAUGUUCACGCGGCUCUUCAACAUCCCUGGUUGACCUAUGCUGAUAAAACCUUCACUGAUCUAUACAAAAUCCCUUCAGAGAACUUGAAGAACUACUACAAACUUUAUAAGGAUUGGUAUACUAACGCAUCUUGUAGAACAUGGUAUCGUAGAAGGAAACUCAGCAGUGCCUUUGAACAUCCUUCAAAGAUGGUCUAUCCACCUGGCCAAAGAUACACUCCAGAGCCAAGUCCUGAAAGAACUUAUAGUCCUACAAAGAGACCUCCACCUAAAGCUUGGGAGGACAGAGUGCCUUCAAGAGAACCUAUCGAUACGGAGAUUGGUGUUGUCAAAAGCGAGAGCCACUACCAAAAUGGUCCAGACACCUAUUUGCUCCAACUCCGUGAUACCGGUUUUCCUGUAAGAUUGCGCGAAUACAUGAAAGUCGCCUACAACCGCGGAUCUGGUUACCCAAGACCAGUUGAUGAUACCUAUGACUGGAGAACCCCAGUCAUCAGAGAACGUAGAAGAUUCACUGACGUCAUGGACGAGGAAAUCGACGAUGAAAGAAAAGCAAGAAUCAACACCUAUGGGAAUGUAGAUACAGGAACUUUGAGACGUCUUCGUCAUGAAAUUGGAACUCGUCUUCACAGCUACGCUGAAGCUGAAGCUUUAAUGGAAUCCAAAAAGGGAGGACACAUGCCCUUCUUCCGAGAGAAACCUCAAAUUCAACCAAUUGAAGAAGGACAAUCGGCUAGUCUUGCAUGUUUCGCAGUUGGAAACCCUAAACCCAACAUCCAGUGGUUCAAGAACGACAUGGUCGUUCAGGAAAGCAAUCGGGUUAAAAUAACUGAAGACAAUGAGGGCAGAUCUAUCCUCAGCUUUGACCCUGCUAAGGAAUACGAUGUAGGAAUUUAUAAAGUAGUCGCGAGGAACAAAGUUGGACAAACUGUGGCUAGAACUAGAGUUCUAGUUGCUACUGUUCCAUCUGCACCUGAUUCACCUCAGGAAUCCGAUGUAUCCGAUACAGAGAUCCUCAUCCGAUGGAAGCAGCCAAAAUACGAUGGAAAUUCUCCCGUGUUGUGUUACAAUCUCCAGUACAAGGAGGGUGAUUCAACCGACUGGGUGGAUCUGGGAAGCAACAUCGAUCACGAAUUCUAUCUGAUCAAGGACUUGAAACCAAAUACCAGCUACGACUUCAGAUUGGCAGCGAGGAACCGCAUCGGCUGGAGCGACAAAGGAAUCCCAGCGCAUUUGAUCAAAACUAGAGAAAAGGGUGUACCCAAGGUGCAAGUCACCAGGGCAAUGAAACACCUCCAGCAAAUGACAGAGUCUGGUCAUGAAAUCGUUGAGGAAGACAGCAAACCCCAUUUUGAUUACUCGAUCGAGGACAAUCCUAUAAACUGGUCAACAGAGGGUCAUUUAACAAGCAAAUACAGCUUCAUCUCUGAACUGUCCAGAGGUCAAUUCUCAGUUGUUGUGAAGGGUGUCGAAAAAGAAACAGACAAGGUGAUAGUCGCCAAGAUUUUGGAAUUAGGAACAGAAACAGAGGAUCAAGUUAAUUCUGAGUUCGAAGCUCUGAGAUCCCUAAGACAUGAGAAAAUUGCCUUAUUAGCAGCAGCUUAUAAAGCUCCAGGAUCGUCAUUAGCAGUAUUUAUCCUGGAGAAAUUGCAGGGUGCAGAUGUGUUGACCUAUUUGUCGAGCAGACACGAAUAUACAGAAAACUGUGUGGCAUUGAUCAUCACACAGAUUUUGGAUGCUCUUCAGUAUCUUCACUGGAGAGGUUAUUGUCAUCUUGACAUUCAGCCUGAUAAUGUGGUGAUGGCUUCUGUUAGAUCGGUACAAAUAAAGCUGGUUGAUAUGGGAUCUGCUCAAAAGGUCACUAAAAUGGGAGCUUUGGUGCCACAAUUAGGACAUCUGGAAUAUAGAGCUCCGGAGAUUCUUAAUGAAGAAUUGGCUUUUCCACAAACUGAUAUUUGGAUGGUUGGAGUACUUAUGUAUGUCCUGCUUUCAGGAGCUUCUCCUUUCAGGGGAAAAGAUGCUAAUGAAACGAGGCAAAAUAUCUCUUUUGUGAGAUUUAGAUUCGAGUAUCUGUUUAAGGAACUCAGUCAAGAAGCCACCCGAUUCCUGAUGCUUGUUUUCAAACGUACACCAAGUAAAAGGCCAACAGCAGAGGAAUGUCACGAGCACAGAUGGCUGGUGCCAACAGAAUUCAUGAUCAGAAAACGCGAAAGAGCCGUUUUCCUGGGCAACAGGCUGAAGAAUUAUUGCGACGAAUACCACGAGGAAAUGCAAAAACUAGCAACUCAGAGCGAAAGCCUCUCGGAGGUCUUUGGAUCGACGCGUCAGUUAAUUAGAUCCAACAGCAUACAAGAUGAAUUGUUCACCACGUUUUGAGAUCUAGAAUAAUGCGAUUUUCCAAUCACGUAUUUAUUUAUUUAUUGAACUUUACUGUUUAUAGUCCACGAGUGUAGUCAGUUAUGAAAGGAAACGAGAGUGAAUCUGCGAGAGAAUGAUCAAGAUUGAAAGAUAUAUGUAUUAAAUGAUGCAAAAUAUUACAACAUAAUUAUAAAAUUCGUGAUUUUCCUUGUUUUUCUUUUGUUAUUAUAUACUUGUUAUCAAUUGCAGGGAAACCUUUCGAAAAAGGACUAUCUAAUGAAAACGUGCUAAUAAUAUUACAAAUAAAUACAGUGAACUCUUGCCUA